AUGCGCGUGGAUUUCUUAUCCAACGAAAUAUUUCAUGAAAUAUUUAAACAUCCAUCCAUGAUUGAUCUAGUUCGCACAUUUCGUGGUCUACCUAUUCGACUCGAUGAACGUGCUUUACAUCAUUUACAAAUCAACACCAAUGUAGACCUGCGCUCAGCUCCAACACAAGGAGUUAAUAUGUAUUGCUCAAAAUUCCUGCCACGACUAGUAGAUCGAGUUGAAUCAUUCUAUCUUUCGAAUCAUCACCAUGCACAGAAUCAAAUCGAUCAGUUCUCAAAAGUGGAUUCACUCUACGCCAAUUUACUAGUUUGA